AUGGACGCCGUCGACGAACGCCUUUCUGCGGACCUUGAAAAUGAGCUCCACGACAUGCGUGAUGAUUGUUCAUACAAGAGGAAGAUGGAUUAUGCUGCUGCACUUCUGAGUCUUGGAGUGUCCUGCACUUUGGAACUGCCAUCAAGCAGAAUGCCGGCGGAAAGUGUCUUCAAAGAGCUACUUGCAAUCAAAGAUUCGCUCCUGAAAGAACACCGAACAUGA